AUGAGGAAACAACACGAAGCAAACAAGCAAGAAGAACUAUUAAGAAUACAACAAGAAGCAAGAGAGCAAGAAGCACUUAAAUUACAGCAAGAAGAAAUGUUUGCAGCACCAGCCGAAUCACCUAAAGAAGUUGAAGUCAAUCCACGCUUAAACACAAAGUACUCAUUUUCAGUCAAAUGA